AUGAAAUCUCCCGCCGUAGUAAUAAUAAUGGUCGUCAUGUUGGUUUUGUGCGGAAUUUUUAUUCAGAGUGUUAUAGCUCAAGACGCGGAUGCCAAUGCUACCGUAGUAGAACCAGCGGCGCCUGAAGCCACGAAAGCCCCCAUCAUUCCAGGCAACAGCACCGGAAACGGCACCGAUACAGGCAACGGUCAACUAUCGAUCACCGGGUCUGCGGUGCAGUGCGCCAUUAUAUCCUUCUUGGUGGUUGUCAGGAUGUUUUACCAGACAUUGUGA